CCUCCCCCACCCAGAGAAGGGCUGGAGCGUGUGACCAGGGCCGCACACACAUGGACACACGUGUCCCCACGCAGCCCACGGGGGAGGUGCUGGGACCCCCCUUUUUUGGGGUGGGAUUAUGCAAAUGAGAGCCUCUUCAAAUCCCCCUGUUCCCAACGCCUUUGCCUCUACCCCGGCGGUGCCCAAGCGUGGGGGGAGACGACACAGAGGGACCAUGCGGGUGCUCAGAGUGAUCGCGGUCCUGGGGACCCUCCUGGCCUUGGCUGCAGCUCAGCGUCGAUCUGGUGGCCGGAGCCGUGGCCGGAGCCAGGCCUGGAGCGGGCGGCCGGCGGCGUUCCGGAGGUGGGACACGGGGCUGUACCGGCCGUGGCAGGAGGGGAUGCGCGACUGCUGGCGAGGCGGUGAGGUCACCUUCGACAUCAGCAACGACGCUCCCACCAUGGCGGGCGCCGACGCCACGUUCUCCAUCGCCCUGCGCUUCCCCGGCACCCAGGCGGCGCUUCCCGACGGCCGCGUCGUCUGGAGCCAGAACUGCACCGUCAACGGCACCCGCGUGGCCCAGGGCGAUCCUGUCUUUCCAGAGCAGCCGGAAGAGGAUGUGGGUGGCAUCUUCCCUGACGGGCAGCCCUUCCCCAGGGGCAAGAAGGGCAAAUUCGUCUACGUCUGGUGGACCUGGGGGCGCUACUGGCAGGUGGUGGAUGGGGCAGCGUCGCGGCUCACGGUGGGCACGGCCGGGGUCCCCCUGGGCUCCUACACCAUGGAGGUCGUUGUCUACCAUUACCGUGGCCGUCAGAAGUUCAUCCCCAUCGGCCGUGCCAGCACCCAGUUCAGCAUCACGGACCAGGUUCCCUUUGCGGUGGACGUGAAGCAGGUGCAGGACGCGGCUGCGGGCGACGGGCGCUUCGUGCGGAACCGCGCCGUGGCCUUCACCGUGCGGCUGCACGACCCCAGCCGGUACCUGCGCGACGCCGACGUCGCCUACUCCUGGAACUUCGGGGACCAGAGCGGGACCCUCAUCUCGCGCAGCCCCACCGUCACCCACACCUACCUGGAGGCCGGGUCCUUCACCGCCCGCCUGACCCUGCAGGCCGCCAUCCCCCUCAGCCCCUGCGGCACCUCUGCCGCCCCCAUCGUGAACCCCACCACGGGCCCCCCGCCCUCGGUGCGCCCCACGCCCACGCAGCCCGCAGGCACCACGCCGGGCGAGCAGGGCACCACCGGGGCACCCAGCACCGCUCCCACGCCCCGCAUCGAGCCAGCGGAGCCCACGGGGGGAUCGGCAGCUGAGCCCUCGGAUCCCGCUGUCACCGAUCCCUCGGCCCCCUCUGUCACUGAGCCCUUGGAUCCCACUGUCACCGAGCCCUCGGCCCCCUCUGCCACCGAGCCCUCAGACCCCGCUGUCACCGAGCCCGCCCUCCUGGCAUUCAGCACCGUGGUGACCGGCACCGGGGCCGGCUCUGCCGCCGUGUCCGGGGCCCCCCUGCUCCCCACCUCGGUGGCCCCAGCUGGGGACACUCUGGUCACAGUGGCCCCCGCGCCCUCGGAGGGAACGAUGGCUGCAGAUGCAGAGACGGACGGAGCCACGGAUGAUGCCACAGCUGGAGUCACAGCUGGAGCCACAGCUGGAGUCACAGUUGGACCUGCAGCUGAAGCCACAGUGGCAGCCACAGCUGGAGUCACAGUUGAUGCCACAGCUGGAGGCACAGUGGGAGCCACAGCUGGAGCAACAGUGGGAGCAACCGUGGGAGCCACAGCUCUGUCCCUUGCUCCUGCCACUGCUGGAGCCACUGCCGAGCCGCUGGUGCUGGUGAAGCGCCAGGCACCGGCCGCAGACUCCACCGGCUGCAUCCUGUACCGCUACGGCACCUUCUCCACACAGCUCAACAUCGUCCAGGGCAUCGAGAGCGUGGCCAUCGUGCAGGUGGUGCCGGUGGUGCCCGAGGGCAGCGAGAACAGCGUGGAGCUGACGGUGACAUGCGAGGGGAGCCUCCCCCAGGAGGUGUGCACGGUGGUGGCAGACCCCGAGUGCCAGACGGUGCAGGCGGAGACGUGCUCGGCCGUGGCACCCGCGCCCGGCUGCCAACUCGUGCUGCGCCAGGACUUCAACCAGUCCGGCCUCUACUGCCUCAACGUGUCCCUGGCCAACGGCAACGGCCUGGCCGUGGCCAGCACCCGCGUGGCUGUCGGAGGCGCUGCCCCGGCCUCUGGAAGCCCCACGAUUUUUGUGGGGCUGGUGCUCGUCGCUGCUGCCCUGGGCACAGCUGCCUACACCUACAGACGAGUCAAGUACACCCCUCUGCUGGCCAUGGCCCCUCCGGCCCCCCGGCCCAGGGGGUGGCUGCCCCCCGGCCCUGCCCUCCGCCUCCUGCUGCACCGGGCCUUCGGGGGGGCUCCCAGUGGCGAGAGCAGCCCCCUCCUCCGUGGGAACACCGUCUAGAGACCCCCCCCCACCCCACGCUGCCCCUGCCUGGCCCGAGCCCCCAGACCCAGGGGGGGCCGCGGGCCGUGGGGGGGUGGCGUGGCCUCGAUGCCACCAAGAUUAAAGGCUCAGCUGCG